UAGGUUGAGUACCCCCCUCCGCUUGCCAGAUUCAGGCAUGGCGGCCAUGAGCCUUCUGCUGCGGGCCGCGGUCACAUUGGGGUCCCGGAGGCCCUUGGGGGUCUCAGCGGUCUGGAGUCGCUUCCCCCUACUGGGAAGAGCUGUCAGUCGCUCUGGAGUCAUCGCUCCAGUACGCCAUGGCAGCCAGGAGAAAAGAAUGUUUAUUAUCAAGCCAACGACAUUUUAUGAUAAGCGGUUCCUGCAGUUGUUGAGAUUCUAUAUUAAGUUAACCGGAAUCCCCAUAGCAGUCUUUGUAACAUUUAUCAAUAUCUUCAUUGGUGAAGCUGAACUGGCUGAGAUUCCAGAAGGCUACACUCCAGAACACUGGGAGUACCAUAAACAUCCCAUAUCUAGGUGGAUUGCUUACUACCUUCUCGACCCGCCUGAAAAGCAUUAUGAAAAAUGUCUGGCUUUGAUUCAUGCUGAAGUUGAAAAAGCUGAAUUAAGGAAGAAAGAGUGGAAAGUACGCCGGCUUAUGAAAGAAAGGGGAGACGGACCAUGGUACCACUAUGAAACCCCCAGUACAAGUCUUAUUGAUUAUGAUCCUAAAUCCACACCUGACAACUGAGCUUUCUGGCCUUCUGUCUCGAAAGAGUGCCCCCACAAAGAGCAGCCGAAUUAUGUAAUAUAUCUGACUUAAUAACUCAAAUAAAAAAAAAUCUUGUUUCACUUA